AUGGAUACGUUAAUUGGUUUAAAAGGAAAAAAUUUUGUUAUAUUAGCAGCAGACACAUAUAGUAUCAAUUCAAUUGUUAAAUUAAAAAAUGAUGAUAAAACAAAAUUUUAUGACAUAAAUGGGAAUAAGUGUUUAUUAUUAGGAGGUUCUAUUGGAGAUAGAAUUCAAUUUGGUGAAUUUAUUAGAAAAAAUGUUCAUUUAUAUCAAUUUCAGAAUUCGACUGAUUUAUUUGUUAAAUCCUUUGCUUAUUUUACCAGAAGAAAUUUAGCUUACUAUUUAAGGAGAAACCCAUAUGAAGUUAAUUGCUUAAUAGCUGGAUAUGAUAAUAAAGAUGGAUAUCAAUUAUAUUGGUGUGACUAUUUAAGUAAUAUGGAUGCUGUAAAUAAAGGGGCACAUGGUUAUGGUGCUUAUUUAGUUAAUGCAAUUUUAGAUAAAUAUUAUCACGAAAAUAUAAAUUUAGAAGAAGCUUUAGCUAUUUUUCAAAAAUGUUUUGAAGAAUUAAAACAAAGAUUCCUUUUAACUCAAAUUAACUAUGAAUUACGAAUUAUGUCUGAUAAUAAGAUACAAAAGCAGUAUGUCACAAUUUAA